UGCACAUCAGGCACUUCAAACGACGCUUCAUCUCUUGUGGACAACGGGUACGGACCCCAGCGCAAUUUUUUAACUUCGUUUGUUUGAUCGCUAUGGCUGUAGCUACAAGACCACGGAGGCAAAUUUACGUCCGCCCAAGGAGUGAGCUAAUUACGGUGUUAAAUUGGCGACAGAUUUCUGACGAUCGAACCGAAAAAUGGCGAAGCGAAACUUGUUUGGAUGCGAAGUUCUUCGAGGAUCAAGAUCGUCCUAUAAACACUGGUUACAUUUGUGGAAGCUAUGAGUUAACUCGGGGACACCUUGAAGAAUCUGAAGACCGCGAAAUGGCGACAGCGAAAGACCUAGACACUCCCGACAUCAAAACGGCCGCAAAAAGAAGUGAAUUAACCAUCAAUUUAAAGCCAGCCAAUGUUCAGGUUAAACCGAGGCUUGUUAAGGCUCAAUCGAUGGCAAAUUUACCUUCAAAAUCGGGCGGGCUUGAAAGAGGAAACACACGUCCUAACAACUCGGAACCAACAAAGUUGAAUUCUAGACGGAAAAGCGCUUUAGAUGUGUCUCUAGCAAAACUCCGACACGAAAUGAACUCGUUAAGGAGACAAGACAUGGAGUUGCUUGAACAACUUCUCAGUCUCAACAAUAGUAUUCAGGAAUUCAAGCUAUCCCAGCAUGCCUCAUUGACCGACAUGUCCGACUCCUCUUCGGACGAAUGUGAGCCGGAGACAGCCAUGGAAAAACCGCUGAAAGUGAAGCGCUGGCACAGCCGUGGAAGCUUGGCUUCUGACGGAAGCGGUUAUCACAGUGCGUCAAGCCGCUUAUCAAUCGGAAGCAAUCCUUCGCUAAAUGUAAGUGACGUAGGAAGUUACGACAGCGGUCAUGAGAGCGGUGCUGGAUUAAAAUCGUGCAGAAGGAGAAGUAGAGGGAAAUUUGGGUCCGGGGACUUAAGGCGAGUGUCAUUUGGAACGGUGAGCGAACGAGGAAGCGGAAGUGAAAUCUUCAGCAACGGAAGCGAUGUUACAUUUCCGGCUCAAGCUGUGAGACGGAACUCAGAAUACCGCGUGGCAGAAAUAAGGCCUAUUAAGACUCUAAGUAAACGACAAAGCACAAUAUGGUGACCGCCAACUGCCACAUAGAGAAGAGCGGUACAAGAGUAAAGUUCAGUGUAAAGGUUUACUGGUGUCACAGAGCUUUGAACAAAGCGUUUCUUACGCAAUACAAAAAAUUUUAAACUUCUAUUCAAAUUAACGAUGAACUGUUCAAAACGUGUUACAAAUGACGCGCUCAAAAAAGCUUAAUGAAUAUUACGUUAAUAUUUCAGAGUGAUAAAUGCCCUUUCAAGGCGAACACUUUUAAAUGCAUUUUAUUACGCUAAGGUAAAUUUAGAAAACAAACAAAUAUCCUUUUAAAAAAAACAAAAAAAACAAACAAAACAUUGGUUAACAAUGGCAUCCCUGAUGCCUGAUUUACGUUGAAAAUUUUUAAUGGUAUCGACACGGAUAGUUCACAAAAUUCGUUAAAAAAAAAAAAAAAACAGCUGUAAACAUAAACCUUUUAACUCCCAUAAGUGAC